UACGUCAGCGGCUCGGGGCGGUUCAUGAAUGGGGGGUCUGAAGUGGGAGGACCCCGUCAUCUGACUUCACCACCGGGGCAGCAGCGACGGGAGAAGCGGGGUGUAGCGCGGCGGUGCGCGGUCAGUGCGUCUUCAUGCCUGAUUUUAAGCACACGAGCAGCGGUUCAGUGCAGCGGAGCGACCGGAGCAGCGCGAGCAUCCAGCGGUUGAGACGUGCGGCGGGGGUAAGCUAGCUCCAGCCCCGGCGGAGGCAACACUCAGUGACGGACAGACGCGCGGGCAGCACCCCCCCUUACCCACCUCCCAGGGACCCUGAAGGUAGAGCCGCGUCGGUGAGCCAUGGGUUUCCGCAAGAAGAACAAGAGCCCGCCGGUGCUGAGCCACGAGUUCGUGAUCCAGAACCACGCCGACAUGGUGUCCUGCCUGGCCAUGAUCAUCCUCCUCGGCCUGAUGUUCGAGGUCACAGCAAAGUUUGCCAUCAUGUUCAUCACAGUCCAGUACAACGUAACACAAGUUCUCGAUGAGAAGAGUGAUCCAGUGAACUUCUACCAGUACGGUCCCAAAGAUGUGGCCACCGUGUUCUUCUACCUGCUCAUCGCGGUCAUCCUUCACGCCUUGAUACAGGAGUAUAUUCUCGACAAAAUGAACAGAAGGUUGCACCUGUCAAAGACCAAGCACAGCAAGUUCAACGAGUCCGGACAGCUCGCAGCGUUCUACCUGUUCUCCUUCAUCUGGGGCUGCAGCAUCCUGACGGCGGAGGACUUUGCAACGAAUCCUACAUUCUUAUGGGAGGAUUACCCACACACCCACAUGGUUUUUCAGGUCAAGUUCUUCUACAUUUGCCAAAUUGCCUAUUGGCUCCAUGCACUUCCCGAGCUGUACUUUCAAAAAGUCCGAAAGGAAGACAUUCCCCGCCAGCUCUAUUACAUUUGCCUUUAUGUUGUCCACAUCACUGGUGCCUAUGUCUUAAACCUCCACCGACUGGGCCUGGUGCUGCUGGUCCCUCACUACCUGGUGGAGCUCCUGUUCCACGCUUCACGCCUCUUCUACUUCAGUGAUGAGAACAAGCAGAAAGGUUUUACCCUGUGGGCUCUACUUUUUGUCAUCGCCCGCCUCCUCACCCUCACACUCUCAGUCCUGACGUUUGGCUUCGGGCUGCCUCGUACAGAAAACCAGGGCUUUUCUCUGGCGGAAGGAAAUUUCAAUGUGCUCACUAUAAGGAUGACUUGUCUGGCAGCUAUCUGCCUGACACAGGCCUGGAUGAUGUGGAAAUUCAUUAACUUCCAGUUGAAAAAGUGGAGGGAGCACAGCCAGAAUCAGGCGUCGAAGAAGAAGACGACGACGACGGUCAGCCCGAAGAGCAAGCCUCACAAAAGGGAACCAACAAGGGGAGGCGCAGCUAAUGGGGUUGUGAAGUCCGAGGAUAAAACAUCACCACGGGCAAGAAAAGCCAAAGCUUCAUAGAGACGGAGGAAGAAUCCAAGUUACAACUGAGUGAGGGAGUUUUGACAGUGUGACAUUAUUAUAUGUCUUUACACAACUUCACAUUUUGUCUACUGCUCUCCAAAACAAAUGUUUCAGUGCACUAAGAAACCUUUCCUGUCCCUUUUGGGGUUGAAACUCCCCCUUUUGGGAAAAAAAAAAAAGUUCAGUGUUACUGUGUCUGCUUGAAACGUUUCUGAUUCCUUUGGGUUCUCUGCAGAUGGGACGGCGGUUUGGGCAGAGUUGGUUUUGAUGCUUUAACAGGAAAGAUUUAGCUCUUCAAAGUGUCCUUUGUGUAAAACUACGAUCACUCGUCGGGUAUUUCGAAACGGGAGUUGCUCUGCGGUAAUUUGACGUUGCAUCAGUUAAUAUCAUGGUACCUUUUAAAAAGAAAAAUUUUGACUUCAGGGCAACUCAGCAAAGUGUUGAUGUACAGGUCGACUGUGCGAGGUGUCAUUUUUCAGUUUGGACCUUAUUCAGCUCAACUCGCAAAACAGGCCACUGGUUCAUGUCCCCAAAAUAAAGCUGUUUCUCGCUCUGCAGGACGGCACCGAGAUAUUCUGCUGCUUUCAGGAAAUGAUCCUAAAUCAGUCGCUCCACGGGAAGAUUUGUGCUAUUUAGGUAUUUGAUAUAGCUGCAGCCAGAAAACUGAAGCUUGUACUUAACUCCUUGAUCAUAUACUGCCAUUAUUCGACAGCCUCUGCCUUUGAAAUCCGACACGCUACCGGAUUGAGGCGCUUUGGUAUUUUCAUUGCUUUCAUCACCGGCCUGGUAACCAGCCUCUUCCAGGGGUUCAUCCAGGUUAGGAGACCCACUGAGAGGAAGCUGUACGGUAACCUGUGACGCUGUACUGUCCACACAAACCUUCAUAUCAGCAUGACUGGAGACUUGAGCUAGAGGCUGUAUUGAGGCUGCACUUCAGUCUUUUAUAUGGUAAUGUCCGUGCAUGAUGGUUUUAAGGCUAAAAGACGUUAAUGGCUAGUUCCUACCUGUGCUGUUGUGUUUGCAUCUCUCUCUCACACACACUCAAACACACACAUAUAUAUAUAUAUAUAUAUAUAUAUAUAUAUAUAUAUAUAUAUAUAUAUAUAUAUAUAUAUAUAUAUAUAUAUAUAUAUAUAUAUAAACACACAAGCAUUCAGUGGCCUUUUUACAACUGCUGCAAGAGGUUUGAGUUAUUUAUUUUUGUCAUAUACAACAGAUAGUUAUUAUUUUCUAUGCUUUGAGAAGCUAUAACCAGCAAACACAGCGGUACAUAGCAACUGCGUUCAGUUAGUCCAAACAAUACAAUCUUUCUUAAAGUGUCCUUAUAACGUCGGUGGUUUGUAUCACUCGUUCUGCUUGUGUUGCAUUCUGUUUGCCUUCUGCUUUUUAUUCUUGGGUAUCAGGGGACAAGCUAUCCGCCACUUAAACUAUAAGUUACAUCCCAUAUUGCAAUGGGAGGAGUGUUUGUGAGGGAUUGUGCUUGAAUGUGUGUGUGUUUGUGUGUAUGUGUACUGUGUGCAGUAUUGUUUCGCCCACUGUGUGUGCGUGUGUUGGUAAAUUAACUGGGCCUGAAUGAUGAUGACAACGAUGUUUAUUGCUUGUCUCGUAAAAAAGCUAAAUUAUUGCCUGUGUGCAGAGCAUGGAUUGUGACAAUCUUUUCAUUGACUCCUGCCCUGUUGGUUGUAUUUCACAGUCACAUCCUGUCCUUUAGUUCACUUUCAUCGGGCCCCGUCCCGUCAAGCUUCUAUGUGUAAAGCACUGAGUUGUGGAUUGAUGUAUGUUCUAUAGAAUAUCAGUUACUAAAUGCUUCUGUGUUCUGUCUCUGCCCCUCAGAUGCCCUUUCCUGUGUGAGAGAGAUUUAGUGAUUUCUGUUUGCCAAAUGUGGCAUGUUCGGUCCCUCCUGCUUCGCCUUUUCAAUGAUCCUGACAUUUGCUAUGACGGAGCACACGUAUUGUACUGUUGGCCGCACUCUUUCCUGUCAUGGACCAAGUCCUGCGCCACUAACAAACCACUGUGCAUGUGAAGCUCUGUAUUGAGACGACUGUACUGCCUGUCUGCAGUCAGCUGGAGUUUGAGUCCAGAGCAGGGAGGAGAUGCAUAUGCCGUUGAUGUUUUCUCCCUUUAGUGCUCCUUGGUGGGACUCUGGUCUUUUAAAGCCCCGUGUCUGUGUGCGGCAGUGUCAUAGGAGGGAAGGGGGAGCAGAGGACUUAUGUACCAGCCUGUUAUUAAACUGUCUCAGAUGUAAAAGAGAAAAAAAAAAAAAAAACUUAACCCAACACUGUACUAAAAUAUGUGUCAGAUUUUUAAGCUAUUUUUAUAGAGGGGGGAACAGUUGAAAAUCACUGUUGUUCAGUACACACGUCUGAAUAUAUUUGUUUUGCAUCCAUAUCGAUAUGAAUUGUUUUUUUAUAUAUAAGAAUGAAGCUUGCUGAUCUGUUAAUGUGGGUAUACAUUGUGGUAUGAGUGUAAAUAUCAUUUGACUCAUGGCCUUAUUAGAGCAAAGUGAACUCGGUUGUAUAACAGUGCUCAGUUAACACAGUGCUGCAGGUGUACAUGGCAGCCGUCACCACUCCAUGUUUCCUUAUCGUGAGACGCACCCUCAUAAUGACACUCCACACAAAAUAUGACCAGAGGUGAGUUGGUCAGUAGAUGUGUUAUUAUAUAUAUAUUUUUGUCAGUUGCUGUGAUCACUGGCCCGGAUGUAGAACCAACAAACGACAUUUUUUGCAGAGUGAAAGCGUCUGUAAGCUUCUCUCGCUCAUCAGAUGUACAACAAUCAGCAGAUGUUCGGGCUCUGAAACAUGAGCCACGCUGCCGUUCACACCCUCCUCGCUUCAAAACACAAUAAGCCUGUAUAAUCCCACAGGAAUGCACUUUUUUUCUUUUGCAUAAUAUGCAUUUUGUCAGAGCACCAUAACACUGCUCACUUUGGGCCGUUUCUGGAUCGAUUCUCAGCGAUUUGGAAACUGCCCGAUUAAAACUCUGUGAAUAAUGCAAUUGUUGGGGAAACCUAUUUUAAAAAGCAACCUCUGGGUGGCAACAAUCAUGAAUGCACUCGAAUGCAUGGUCACUUAAACAAAAGACAGAGACACACGUUUAUUGUAUUGGAUUAAUUCAUUCUGCAUUGUCCUUGAUUUGUUUCCAUACCGCUGCUUGUCCGUAAAUGUUGCAAUAUAUAUUUCGUUUUUCGGAUCUGUUGUCUCUGAACUGCUCUGAUGGUAUUAUAUUUAUGCAAAUUCUUGUGAGCUCUGAUCAUUUUCUGUCACUAUUUUUUUAUUUCAUGUUUGAAUAAAGCUUUUGAUCAUUACACAAACUUG